AUGUCCGGCGGCAAGAAAAACCACCACAACAUUCUCCACACGGUGGCCGUCAAACUAUCCUGCUGCCGUCGGCCGCGGCCCUCCUCCGCCUUCAGCCCCUCCCAACGCCGGCCGGCCCAGCCCCUCUCCGGCCACCACCUCCGCCGCCGCCGCCACCCCCACUCCUCCCCCUCCGCCGCCACGUGGGACACCACCACCACCACCGUCUCCACCUCCCCGCCGGCGUCCUACUCCGGCGACGCGCCCGGAUUCGGCGGUGUGGCCGUGGAGAAGGACUCCGACGACCCGUACCUCGACUUCCGGCGGUCGAUGCUUCAGAUGAUACUCGAGAGGGAGAUAUACUCUAGGGACGAGCUCAAGGAGCUCCUCGACUGUUUCCUCCGCCUAAACGACCCGUACUACCACGGCAUUAUCGUUCGGGCCUUCACCGAGAUCUGGAACGGGGGCCCACCGGGAAAUCACGGCCCGAACUCCGGGUGGUGGUUCCCCGGGGGAUAUUAG